UUGAUUUCUUAAUCCUUAUUUCCCUCUGAUGCGCCGCCACGGCUCUCUGGGUUCUGCUCCAUCCGUCAGCCUCACCUCUCUUCCGUCCGUCAGCGCGAAUCGUUGGCGUCACCUCCUCCCCCAGCUUCCCAGCCUUGCCUCCUCCUCUGCUCUACGCCUCUGAUCCACUCGUUUCAAACUUGACUAUCAAAUGAUUAAUGAUGAUGGAGAGUUGGAAAGUGACCAAAGGAUGGAUUGGCAAGGACAAAAGCUAGCAGAGCAGCUGAUGCAGAUAUUGCUGCUUUCCUUUGCUGUGGUUGCAUUCACAACUGGAUAUUUUAUGGCUUCUUUCCAAAUGAUGAUCCUCACAUAUUUUGGUGGUGUUGUUCUAACUACAUUGGUGACCGUCCCUAAUUGGCCGUUCUACAAUCGCCAUCCUCUCGAGUGGUUGGACCCAAGCGAAGUAGAGAAGCAUCCGAAGCCGCAACCGUCUGCAAACUCAACUUCAAAGAAGAAACCUGUUAAGAAGUAAGACUUAGAAUCGCAAAAGAAAAGAUCACUUAUUGUGGUUCUAGAAAUACAUGAUUUUAAAGUUUAAUUGUUUAUACUUUUGACAGUAACUUGCAUCCUAUUUUAGUUUAAUCUCUUUUAGAUAUUGAUAAUAUAAUUAAUGGGGUUAGAGGAACAUUGUCCUCUCGGUGAUGGUCACUUAG